CUAGUUGUAAUAGAGUAGCCAUAUCAGCCCUGCAUGACACAUUAUGUGGGCUUACAAAGGGAUGUUUAAUUCCUGUUGGAAUGUCCAGCUGGCAUGUAUAUCUACAACAAUUGGAAUUUUCCUUUACCCAAGUUAUGCAUUCAGGCGAAGGUCAGAUAUGAACCAAGGGUUCCCAGCAUGUUCGGCAAAUGACCAAUUUUUGGGGGGGUAAACAGUUGUUAACAGAUAUUAAAGUUGAUUCUAAUCUAUCAAAUCAGGAAUCUGAAUUGAUUUAGUACAUGGACAUACCCAGAAGUUUACUUGAGGAAAGUGUUCUGCUAAUGGUUCAUAACAGUAUACGGAGAGAGUUCUAAAAGUGUUGUUCAACUGAAUGAAGAAUCUGGAGCUAGUGGCAGUAUCGGUGGUAUGUCAUUGAGGCAGAUCCGAGAUGACAAGGUGUUAUGAUGAUGAAGCAAUGAGUAUGUUUGGGAUCACUCAUCAUUAAAAUACCAUUCAUGCAUUUCGCUAAAAAGAUAGAUGAAGUGCGAGUUGAGGGAGAGACCAGGCAUGUCCCUUUAAAGAGGGGGUUAGUGUAGAUUACUUCUCUGGUUACUGGAAGUGUUCUAACUGGAGUCAUCCAGGUUCCAGUUGCAUUGUCACCUUUGACUCCAUAAUGUAUCCCUAAUCACAGUGGAAUGCAUAGAAGCAACUGCCCUUACAAAGCAUGGAGUAUGCCCUUGGAAAUCCCUGUCUUUCCUGCACUCCAUUUUGGGCUGUGGAAUCUGAAGUGAGGCUAACUUCAGGACUUGUGAAACACCAUACUGGUGGAUGUUUGGGGGCACAGGGCACACAGGGAACUGUACAUCCUGACUCCUGUGCAUUCAAUAGACGGAGGGGCCCCUCAGUCAGACAUUCAGAUAGAGAUAAUCCACUUCCAGCACUCAUGACGUCUGCAACGUGUUUGCCAACUAAAGGAGGAAGCCCACUUAAGUGUUGCAAAUGUCCGAAGUCAAGUGGAUAAUGAGAGGAUUAUGGGACAGUUCUGUUGUGUUGUAUAGUCUACUCUGUUUCCAUAAUGGACCAGGAAACUUUUCUCAAUCUUCUCUCAUAAUACAGCUUUUUCUCCAAAUGUUUUAAAUGAUUUUCAGGUUAUCAAGGAUUAUAACUGAUUUACAAAAUAGAACAUCCAUCAAAAUGUCAAUGAAAUGCAAGAUUGUCUGCGCAGGGCGGUUCUAAUUUGGUUCAGACUUCUCAUGUUGCAAGAAGUCUGUACGUUUUCAUCGCUGAUCAUUACAUCUCAUACCUCAUUACACUUUAAUUUCAGUUGGGAAGCCACUGUUCAACCGACAUAUCCUGUGGCAUUCAAAAAAAUCAACAAACCCUUCUUGGGUUUGUCAAAGUAGAAAUGUUAAAUGGAGCAAAAUCCUGUUUUAGCAGCUUUAACAUUUACAAACAAACAAAUUAAUCAGAUCAUCCCUGUCUAGUGCUCCAAAACAAAAUAUUGCUUUCACAAGGAAGAGGCUACAGAACAAUGUUUACAGAGUUCUCAUUAAGGAAGUAGUGAGAUAACACACUCACUCACACACACACACACACACAAACACACACAGGGACAUGCACUGAGAGCUUAUCAUAGAUAAGGGACAGAAAGAAAGCGAGAGAGAGGGAGAAGGAGAAAAAACUGAGGGAGAAACUGAGCAAAAGAACCCCAGAAGAGAUGCCUCCAUUGGACAAAGCAAAGCCACCCUCUGGUCGGAACUCUGACUCUUCUGAAAACAACAUCAAAAGGUGUGCAUGAGGAUAAAAGCUGUAAGAUCUGGAAUGAGAACAGCUUAUCAGGUUUCCAAGACACAAAAAGGGACGUACAGAACCCGGACCUCCUAACUGGUCAUCAAGGGUCAACCAGAGAAAACGCUGUUUGCUCAUUUUAAUCCUUCAUCAAGCGGAAUCGUACCAGCGGACCGUUGGACUAGCACCUUUGACAGAUCUGAUUCUGUUGAAUAUCAACAACAUUGAAUAGCCCCUGUGGAUAUAUCAUACAACACAGCAACAGUAGCACUACUCCCCAUGGCGGACACUGGACUCUCCAGGUUGGAGCUUCCCUCUUUCAUCAAGAUCCUCUUUCCACUGCUCCCCUUGUGGCUCCUGCUGUGGCCCCUGUCUGUGCAGGGCAGCCCAAUUUCCCUGGCCCCCGAGAGGCAUCGACCUGCUCCCGGUCUGGCGGAUGGCCACGGGGGCAUCAUAGACCCAUCUCUUUUGGAGCAGGACAGUGAAGGGAACAUGAAAAGCCUGCUGGAGAGCUUGAGAGACCAGUUUCUCCAGACCUUCAACCUGUCCGGCCCUCCAGCCCAACUGCCUGGCAGUGCCCGUGUGGAGCCACCUGAGUACAUGAUGGAGCUGUACAACCGCUUCGCCACCGACCACACUGCCAUGCCCACCGCCAACAUCAUCCGCAGCUUUAAAAACGAAGACUUGUCUCCAUGCAGUGUGGGUACAGGUGGGGAAAGACAGCACCCUCUGCUCUUCAACGUGUCCAUCCCUCACCACGAGCGCAUCACCGCUGCAGAGCUACGCCUCUACACCCUGGUCCAGACUGACCGCAACCUCUAUGCCGGGGUUGACCGCAAGGUUACCAUCUACGAGCUGGAGCGACAAGACAAAACAGAGGAGAACAACCGAACCGGGAAGGGCACUGAAGCAGGGGCGGCUGGAGGACGGGAAGAGUUAGUGGAGCUUGCAUCACGGCAGGUCUAUGGAACCGAUAAUGGCUGGGAAGCCUUUGACCUGAGCUCCGCUGUCCAACGCUGGCGCAAGUCAGAGUCUGGCACCACCCAUAGGCUGGAGGUUCACAUAGCCAGUCUGGGCUCUGAGGAGCAAGGAGGGCAGACACAACGGGAUGGAGAAGGCGAGGGGAGGAAGACAUUUAGGGGAAACAUGGACAUCGAUACCAGCCCCGAGGACAAACACAAACCCUUGAUGAUAAUCUUCUCAGACGACCAAAGUGGUGAUCACCGCGACGACAAGCGGGAGCUGAACGAAAUGAUUGGACACGAGACAUCGGCGGCAGUGCUUCAGGGUGACCUGACGAUGGGUCUGAACGGGCUUCGGGGCGAGCUAGGCCAGUCGGCGGGGGCGGACGAAGAGGAGGACGAGCAGGACGAAGAGGACCUGAUCCAGAUGCGCUCUAACCUGAUCUACGACACGGCCUCCAGGAUACGGCGCAACGUCAAGGGGAGCCAGUGUAAGAAACAGUCUCUGUAUGUGGAGUUUAAAGACAUCGGGUGGGACAGCUGGAUCCUGGCGCCUGCCGGGUAUGAAGCCUUUGAGUGCAGCGGCGUCUGCACAUAUCCACUGACCAAGCACGUGACUCCCACCAAGCACGCCAUUGUCCAGACGCUGGUGAGCAUGAAGAGCCCGCAGAGGGUGUCGAGGGCCUGCUGUGUGCCCACCAAGCUGGACCCCAUCUCCCUACUCUACCUAGAUGACACUGGAGUGGUCACCUACAAGUACAAGUUUGAGGGCAUGGUGGUGGCAGAGUGUGGCUGCAGAUAGCAACUCCACCCGAAAGGUCAUAUGGAGAGAGAGACGAUGGUGAAAAUUAGUGACAGGGCAUGGAUGGAACAGGGCAAAGACAAAGCAAGAUUUUUUUUAUUUUGAAAAACAGGGUGGUGUUUGAAUACAUUGACUUAACCGAGAAGAGAAACUAAGAAAAAGAAGAAAGGUUUGAUGACCCUGGACAGGGGAGAAUAGGACAGUUGUAUCUGCAGAUAUAACAUUUAUAUUUAAAUAAGAUUAAUAUCCUACAGUUUUUACACUGUAAAUGUAUAUUUUGUAUUUCAGGAAAAAUAUUUUAUUGUUGUACAGGACAACGUCUAUGAUACUCUUCAUUGUGAAAGUGAAACCCUUUGGAAGGAAUAAUGGAGCAAGGAGCAAAAAAGGUUUUAAGCUAAAUAAAACACGUGGAAAAGGUUUUUGUGGAAAAAGGAAUAGACCGUAAAAAAAUCAUUAUCCCUGGGAUAAUCCGAAGGAUUCUAGCAACCCCGCUCCCAGGCAUUAUGUACUGUCCAGUAGGCCUAGCUGGUGAAACCUCACAGGGAGCAUUUGCUCUCCUCCUCUGACAUUGAUCUCAUGUCUUCCUCCCCACUUAUCUCUGUUCCCCCCCGCUCCCUGGAUGCUGACACUAAUCCACUUCAUUUAGCUUCUCUCCCAAACAUUAACAGCAGCAGGCCUCCCAGUGGGAAACAAUCCAGACUUGACUGGUCCUGACUGGACAUGGAGGGGCUUGCCCCAACCACCUCCCCCGUCACUGAGGGCAGUGAGCUGAGGUCAGGGCAGAGGUCAGGGUGGGCUGGGUUAUCUCUCUAACCCAGAUGGGAUGCAAAAAGAGAAUCACAUGCCGUGCCAGCCGCUUUCUCCUACUCCGCACCGAUAAGGAGGUGUUGGCACUGAGAAACAUGCGCACUGCCACUCAGGACUGGAGGGCCGGACGCCAUUCCAAGCACUUUGAGAGGUGCCUGGGGAGUGGAGGGGAACAGAAGUGGGGGAGGAGGCCUGUCAAGAUUCCAUGGGUACUAAUAGAAAUACAAACUAUACUUGCUCAACUCACUGAUCUAACCCCAAUGUACCCCCCUCGAAAUGUCUCUCCAUGGCUCCAAUCUUCCCUCCAUCUUCCCUGUCCUCACUGCCCUUCACGAUGAAGGCAAACAUGGCCUUGCAUUUUGCCUGUUGUCAUAGACAGACUGAGAAAAUCAGUGAAAAGGAUGGCAAUUAAUGUCUCAAAGAACCCCUCGUUGAUCUUGUAAGAUUUCUUGUAAGAUAAUUCUCUGCUGCUUGGGUAAUGUGAAAGCCUAUUUAUUGAUUAAUUUAUUUAUUUUACUAUGACAGGUGAUUACGUAAAAUGUUAUAACAUGGAUAUACAGAAGAUAUAACACACAGUAAAUAACUUGACCAUAAUGCAGAAUAUGUCCUUAAUUUAUAAAUAUUUUGUGAAUAUUAUAUUUUGUUACAUUUUGUUGUGGAUGAUUUGUGAAUUCUGUUGUAAAAAACUGAAGCAGUGAAACUCUAGUCUUAGUGUGCAUAAAAGGCUUCACAAAUUAUUCUAUUUUCAUACAAAGAAGGCUUAAAAAAGAGUAUUGUAUAAAAUUAUCAUAGUUUCUGUAUUAUAACCCAUAAAAAUGUUUUUCCCUUGUCCAACAAUAAACAGCUUGCAAUGCUGAAAUAC